AACACACGCCCUGCGAGGGUGAGAAACGCCGUGUUAAGGAGGAAAUGAGUUUGUCAUGAAGAAAUGAACAGGAAGAUGUUUGUCACACAGACGAGCAGCAGCAGGAUGGAGGCGCUCGGCUUGAUUCUCUUCAUGUGGGCGUCUCUUUCAGAAGCCUUCAACAUCGACACUGAACAUCCACUGAGAUUUAACGGCACGCCGGAGGAUUUCUUUGGUUACAGCGUUUACCAGACGGAGUUUGGAAACAGGAAGCAGAUCAUUGUUGGAGCUCCAUUACAAGGGAACUCAACAGGGGAGAUGUACAGCUGCUCUGCAGAUCUGCAGUCCUGCAAACGUCUGCAGCGUCCAGGUUCAGAGAGCGUCCGCUUCUUCGGCAUGUCUGCUGCUGCGUCGUCUGCUGCUCUGACUAGCUGCAGUCCGUAUGUUCCUCAUGAGUGUGAUGGAAACUCCUAUCUGAACGGCAUUUGCUACCAGUUCAACAGCAGCUUACAGGCCGUCUCCAACUUCACCGCUGCUUACCAAGAAUGCACCAAGAGAGAAGUCAAUCUGGUGUUUCUCUUCGAUGGAUCCAGCAGUAUGAAAACACCUGAGUUUGAAUUGAACAAAUACUUCAUUAAAGAUGUUAUGAAAAAACUUUCAAACUCAUCCAUAAAGUUUGCUGCUGUCCAGUUUUCAAAAAAUGUACGAACUGUGUUUGACUUCAACGAUUAUCAGAACGGCUUCGCUGAACAGAAACUCAUGAAAGAGAAACACAUGCAAUCUCUCACAAACACACACAAAGCAAUCAACUACGUUCUAAGUAAUCUCCUGAAUAACGUGUCGUCUGGAGCUGAUCUCAACGCUACGAAAGCUCUGGUGAUCAUCACAGAUGGAGACCCCAGUGAUAAUGAUGAUAAUAAUGUCCUCAGCAGAUGUGAUAAGCAGAAUAUCCUCCGUUACAUCAUCGGGGUGGGAAACCUCGAUUUAACUAAACUCGUUCAGCUGGCAUCAGAACCAAAACACAACAACACCUUCUACAUUCAAAACUACAGAGGACUCGAAGGACUUCUUGACAACCUGCAAAAAAAGAUCUACAACAUUGAAGGGUCAAAGGAAGCGCUCGGUAGAGACAGACAGAGAGAGUUAUCACAGAGUGGAUUCAGUGUCAUCUACCAGGAGGACUCUGUGAUCGUGGGUUCGGUCGGAUCGAAUGACUGGCGUGGAGCUCUGUAUGAAGUGACGGGAUCAGAGUUCAGAGAGACAGAGAUCAUCGAUCCAGCUGUAAAUAAAGACUCGUACAUGGGUUACUCUACUGUGCUGGGAAUGAGAAACGGCAUCUCUCUUCUGUUCUCUGGAGCGCCGCGGGCCGAACACACGGGUCUGGUGACCCUCUUCACCAAGAACCAAAACACAUGGACAGUGACGAGGAACAUCAGCGGAGAACAAAUUGGCUCAUAUUUCGGAGCGUCUCUGAGUCUGUUGGAUGUGGACUCUGAUGGAGACUCAGAUUUCCUUCUGGUCGGAGCUCCAUUGUUUUACCAGUCUCAGCCGAGGGCUGAAGGGAGGCUGUACAUCUACGCUUUAUUAGAGCAGUAUUUUCAGAAGACGCUCAAUGUGAGCGAAUCCACCACAGGCAGAUUUGCUGCGUCUGUGGCUCCACUAAAGGACCUGAAUGGAGACAGUCUGUCAGAUGUGGCGGUCGGGGCGCCGCUGGAGAAUGGAGGAGUCGUCUACAUCUAUCUGGGCCACAGGAGGCAUGGCAUAAACCCUGAACACGCUCCUCAGCGGAUCCCAGCGCGGUCGGUUCUGCCCGGUCUGCAGCAGUUCGGAGUGUCUCUGUCCGGUCAGAUGGACAUGAACGAUGAUAAUCUGACAGAUAUCGUGAUCGGAGCACAAGGAGGGAUCGUGCUGCUCAAGGCUCGGUCUGUGAUGUCUGUAUCUGCGCAGCUCAGUUUCAGUCCAAAGGAAAUCAGCUUGAACUACUUUGAAUGUCCGAGUGACAACACAUUUAGCGCAUUUGAUCUCACGUCAUGUUUCACAGUGAACGAGCGCACCAGCAGCACAGGAUCUCUGGAGAAGAAGCUGAAUGUUUCUCUGAAUCUGAACGUGGACGUGGUACGACGAAUGAGUCGAGGAUUCUUCGAUCCGAUGGAUUCGUCAUCCAGGACUCUGCAGCAGUCCGUCCUGCUGGAUUCUGGGUCCUCCUGUUUUAACUUCUCUAUCUUCAUGAUGGUACGUGUCGUCUAUCACAGCUCCAGCCAAUCACAGAGCUUCGUUCUAACAGGGAAUGUUGUGUUUUUUCAGCGCUGUGUUGCAGACACAGUCUCUCCUCUGAAGAUACGAAUGAAUUUCUCACAAACUGAGAUGUUGUCUGGAAACUCUACGGCUGUUCUUGAUGUUCACAGCAGGACGGAGGAGUAUGUCGAGGUGCCGUUUCAAAGGAACUGUAAUUCAAACAACAGCUGUGUGGCCGAUCUGAAGCUGAACUUCAGUUUUACGAACAACACGUUAGUGGUGGUGAAUCAAGCUCAUUUCAGCAUCCUCGUAUUACUGGCAAACCCAGGCGACGACUCCUUCAACACCAGCAUAGUGCUGCAUUACCCAGAAGGCCUCUCGCUCUCAAAAUUUGAGGCUGUUAAGCCGAGUCGGACUCGAAGCAGCUGUGGUGAUCGAGACAGCGGUGCUACGAACAGAACAACCUGCAGCAUCAAUCUACCGGUGUACCGCAGCGGCACCACAACUCAGUUUCUGGGAACUUUCCGUGUGACGAAAUGGGAUCAUGACUGGUCUGACCGGAUGGAGAUGAUGAUCACUGCCAACAGUGAUAACAAUGGAAACAUGAGUGAUACGGUGGUGAGGAGCAGCGUCCCGGUGCAGUUCGCCGUUGAUCUGGCGAUCAGUCUAGCGGCUGAAGACUCUGUGACGUAUCUGAACUUCUCUCUGGAGGACAGAGGUCCAAAACCUCUCAACAUCAUCUACAAGGUGGAGAAUCUGGGUGUUAAAGGUCUGCCGGUGUCGGUCUCGCUCACUCUGCCCUGUCAAACUACACAUGUGAUUUUAACACCUCACAACUUCAGCAUGCAGGAGAACUCUUCAGUGCAGUGCAGCAAGUCAGAUCGACGGGACGGUCACUGCGGGAGGUUUGAGUGUCCUCCGUUUCAUCUGCAGAAAUUUUCAGCCGUUCACUUCAACCUGAUCGCAGACGCAAAACUCCACAACGUGAAGGAAUACGAGAGCAAAUAUUCCUUCUAUGAGUUCAGGAGUGAUUAUGAGUUCAACAUCAGCGCUGAGCUCCACUACAACACGAGCCGCUACAACCAGACUUCAACCGGCCUGAAGGACAAUCCCCACAGAUACCAGACUACAGUGGAGGCGGAGUUUGUGGUUCCUCCCAGUCGACUGCUGAUCGUAGGCACUGGUGUAGUGGGCGGGUUCAUCUUGCUCAUUAUCAUAUUGUUCCUUCUGCUGAAGUGUGGGUUUUUCAAACGAAAUCGCCCUGAAGAGUUUGUUCAAGAGGAUGAAUAUGUAAGUUCUGUUGAAGACUCUCCUCUCAUGAAUGUGAAUACUAAAGAAAACGGAGUCGGUGAGAACAACAGCACAGAGAAAGAGAAUGGAGAGGCCAGCCCCAGUCCUGACCCUCCAAACACUGACGAAUAAACCUCACUUUAUUCCAACGCAACAAACGAUGUUUGAUGGAGCUGAAAAUGAUCUUUUAAUGGUCUAGUUGUAUGAAUAUAUGAUUUAAGGUUCAGUAUGUUUAAUUCAGUGAUAUGCAGCUAUGUCUUGUUUCCAGUGACUUAAGUUGUAGCUUAUUUAUAAUAACCCAGUUUCAUUCUGAUAUUUACUUUUAUGGGGCUUUUUCUAUAAAAAAUAUUGCGUUAUUAUAGUUUUUUUUAUUAAUUUCAAGUACAAUUAGAUUUAUUUUUUUCAUCUUCAUCUAUCUUUUUAAUCUCAAAGAAAGUGUUCUGUAAAUAACCUUCACUAUAAGUAUGAAUUAAUUAAUUAAUUAAAUGAGA